AUGAAAAAUUUUGAACAGGAACACAUGUAUCAUUAUGACUGGGGAACAGUUACAGCAGCUUAUUGGAAUAAAUAUCCUAACCUUGUUCAGAACCACAUAAAAGGGAUUGAUGUCAUUGAUAGGAAAAUUGAUAUCGAUAACCAAACUAUGAAAUUAAAGAGAAUAGUUCAUCUUCAAUAUUUCGUUCCCAAAAUUUUUAGAAAUCUCUUUAAUAUCGAUGGUCGAGGAAUAGCUAUUGAAGACAUAAAAGUUAAUUUAAAAAAAAAAAAAUUAACAAUAAAAACGGUUAAUUAUACUUUAGCCCCCUUUGUUAAUUCAGUCGAAAAAUGCACAUAUUUCCAGAAAGAUGGCUACGAUAAUAACACUUUUUAUAAACAAAGUACCCAAAUAAAUAUAACGGGAUUAGGAUAUAUGAAAAAUCUUAUAGAAAAUACUAUAUUAAAUGUCAUAAAGGAAAAAAGCAAACAAGGUAUCGAAAUAAUGGAUGAAGUUAUUAAAAGAACCAUGAAUGAAAAUACACAAAUUAAUCAAAACAACUUAUAUGGUAAUACUUUGAACAAAAUGAAAAGCUUUAAAUAA